AUGUCUGAGACGCAACAAACUCCCGACUCUGGCAACGCGGUGCCGACGAAAGAUGACGAACAGCCGGAACCCCUCUCAUUUACUCUGAUUGUGGUGUCCCCUUCUGUUGGAGCUGCCAGUCGUCUGAGCUUCCCACAUCUACCAGCAACAACCACCGUCAAGCAAUUGAAAGCUAAAAUCCGCGACGCCUUACAAUCGAGUCCUCCAGACGAAAACCAAAGACUCAUACAUCGCGGACGGAUGCUCGCGAGAGAGACAGAGACCAUGCUAGAUAUCUUUGGGAAGGAAACAUUAUGCAAUCCGGAACAGCAAACUCUACAUUUGGUUCUCCGCCCAGUUGAAGGCGCAACAGCCGCUGUGCCUCCUGUGUCGGUUCCGACUUCGAGACCGCCAGUCCUUCCGCAACCUACCCCCCAAGCUCCGAAUUUAUCACAUAAUAUACUUGGCAAUUUGGCCCACCAAUUGCCUCGUCCUCAAUCCGUACCUGCUGGGCCAGCUCACACCGUUCCGGCAGGCCAGGGAAUGAAUGCGCAGCAACCAUUACCCGGAUUUCAACAUGUUCAACAACAUCAGCUCCUCCACCAGGCCGAACAAUAUCAAAUUAUGAUGAAUAAUAGACUGCUACAGCUGCAGAGGGAAAUGCAAAGGUUACAGCAAGAGAUGGCAGCGGCAACUCCGGGACAUCGGCCUCACAUGCCUCUUGUGAAUGGAGUCCAACUACCAGGUGCAAUUCCCAACCUCCAGGGAGGGCCACAGGCCAUGUUUGGAUUACCACAGCUUGCCACACGGCCUCCCAAUGGUGUUCCACCUUCAGUUCAAGCGUUCAUUUCGCAACAACAAAGGGGUCGAGCAGUAGACGGUCGAAAUGGCGCCCAAGAUAGUGGAAGUACUACCCCUGUGCGAGCUAGCUCCUCUGGAAGAGCAAGUCCAAAUCUCCACCGGCCAGAUCAUACGUCCACAUAUACACGCGAAGGAAUUGGGCCAAAUGGAGAAAGAUGGCAGAUGACUGUUAACGAGACCACCACAACGAUUCCGUUAGCUCACAACCAACACCACCAUCAUAAUCCUAUGGUCCAAGCACCUGGUAAUCCAAUGCUUGAAGUACAAGCGAUGUUGCGCAAUGCAGAUCGAGCACAGGCUGCGCGAGAUACACGCGCUGCUCUUGAUACGAUGCAGCGUAGUGCCUCAAACCCUAACCCGGCUUUGGGCAGGUUGGCUCCUAACGAAAACCAAGGUCAGCAAGCGAUACCUGCACCUUCAGUGACGCCUGCACCGGCAAUUAAUGCCUCAGCAACAGCGUCGGCCUCUUUUGCCCCAAGUUCAACGACCGUUGAUUCGAAUACAUCUCCUGAUACGGACUCAAUAGUUUAUCUGCUUUCCUCCCCUCAAGGACCUCGGGCACUGCUCUUGGCCAAUUCAGAAACGUAUUACACACCCCGACAGCAUAGGCGCCAUCGCAUUCCCUCCCCAAUAAAUGGAUCUGGUCAACCUGAAGUACCUGUAGGAUUGCCGGAAUAUCGUAACAGGCCAGCAGCGAACAGGGCAGAUCGGGUAGCUAGACGACGGCAAGCGGCUGAACAGGUACAACAAGGAGCACCGCAUGCAAAUCCUGGCGCAGGCGCGCUGGCUGCGCAGGCAGGACCUGUUUUGUGGCUCAUUAUCCGCCUAGUGGGCUUCGUGUGGUUUUUGACGUCGGGAAAUCCCAGCUGGAGUAGAUGGUUCAUGGUUACCGGUAUUGCUUUUAUUAUAUUCAUCGUCAAUACAGGCCUUUUCAAUGGUGCUGCGGAUCAAGUCUGGGGACCUGUUCGAAGACAUCUCGAGGCUCUGAUCCCUCUUGCGGGACCCGAUGCAGCUUUGAUACCUGCUGCAAACGCUGCCAUACCACAGCCAGGAGCUCCUCCUGCAAACGCGCCGGAGGGCGGAGCUAGGGGCCGCAAUGAGCCAGAUCCAGCAGAAGCAGCAGCGCGGAUUAUUGAGCAACAUCGACGCGGCAAUCAGCCAUGGAUCUUGACCCAAUUCAGACGAGUCGAGCACUCUUUACUCUUAUUCUUGGCUAGUCUUGUACCCGGUGUUGGAGAACGUCAUAUUGCCGCAAGGGAAGCCGAAGCUGCAGAGAGACAACGUCGCAUUGAUGAAGCGGCCGCUGCUGCAGAGCGUGAAGCUGAAGCAAGCGCGCAGGCUGCAACCGAGGGCGACGUGAGUGCUGAGGGAGAAGCCAGGAACGGUCAGGAUGAACAGCAGGAAAAUCAGCAUGAGCGACCUGUAGAUGUGGUUCCCCUUAUUGAGGUUUGA